AGACAAACAACUGCAUCGCCUGAUACAAACGAGGUAGAACUUAGUUGGCUGUGAACACGAGAGCCACUGCCGGCAGCAGAACGCCCUGACGGCAGAGACAGCUGACAGGGAACAAACCUGAACUCUCAUAUCUCCAACAGCCGAAUAAAAUCGCCACAGCUGCCGUCUGCCUCGGAUAGGCUGUCGGCCCCCAAAGGCGACUCAAUGCUGGAUGGAGCCUUGGGAGGGAGGGAGGGGUGGGGUUGGGGCGUACGUAUGUCGCUUUCUCCCUCCCUCCCCCUCCCCCCCCCACCCCGCUGUCAGAGACAACAACAGAGUCCAGAGUCGUCGGGCCUGUCUUGCCCUUGCCUGCCGCCAAUCUGCGUCAUCUACGUCUGUGUUGUGCAUUGUUGUUGUGGACUCUCUCUCUCUCUCUCUCUCUCUCCCUCCCUGUGUCGUUUCUGUUUCUAUCGACGGUGCCAGUGGCUGCAGUAUGUCCCACGUUCUACGUUUGAUCUGCCUCUGCCAGCUAUACCUUGCACCAAAGUCAAUUCGCCGUCUGCCCGAUCUCUGAGACUAGGCUGGGUGAAUUUAGUUGUCUAGGGUGCUGUCAAGGUAAUAACCCGGGACCCAAGAGAGAAAAGGAAAGAGAAGAAGAAGAAGGCAACCGAUAUGUGAGGAGGGGAAUC